UCAUGAACCUCUCAGCCUCCACCACCACCACUACCCCUUCCAUUAAAUACACGUCCACCUCCUCCUAACACUUUGCAGGCUCUGAUUAAUCGAUUGCAGUCCUUUUUUGCAAACCAUCAUUCUGUUCCAUUUCUUGAAUACUCUAAAAAAGCUUCAGUUUUGGAAGUGGUUGAAUUCAAUGGCCUCAAAGAGAAUAUUAAAGGAGCUCAAGGACUUGCAAAGAGAUCCACCAACUUCAUGUAGUGCAGGUCCUGUGGCUGAGGACAUGUUUCAUUGGCAAGCAACAAUAAUUGGUCCAAAUGAUAGCCCCUAUUCUGGGGGUGUCUUCCUUGUGACUAUCAAUUUUCCACCUGAUUAUCCUUUCAAACCUCCUAAGGUUGCCUUCAAAACCAAAGUUUUCCAUCCAAAUAUAAACAGUAACGGCAAUAUUUGCUUGGACAUUCUCAAGGAGCAAUGGAGUCCAGCACUCACCAUAUCGAAGGUUUUACUGUCCAUAUGUUCAUUGCUGACGGAUCCAAACCCUGAUGACCCUCUUGUACCUGAGAUUGCUCAUAUGUGCAAGUGUGACAAAGGCAAAUAUGAGUCAACGGCUCGGAGUUGGACCCAGAAGUACGCCAUGGAUUAAUUGAGACCCUAAUCUUGUUUAAGCGAUUUGCCUCCUCUUUUUACUGUCAAUAAUUAUUGCUUGUCUAAUAAAUAUUGAGGCCCCAUUACGUGUAAUUUGAGCUCCUUUGCUUGAUACGAAUAGGGUGGUGCUAUCCAUAUACCUACUUUUACA